GCUUGGUCAGCCCAGACUUCGAGCAGCUGCGUCACUGCGGUCGACUCUCCAUCAACCUUAGUAUGUCGACACAGCCUAGGGCUGAGAUGAGAUGGCGUCAGCAUGAGGAUCGCUUUGGCCGGGGCCGGAGUAUUAUUGUGUAGAUCUGUUCUCCCUCCCAACCUCUCGCUCGCUCUAUAUAUGACCCAGCGUGAAUUCCGUUUCCUCACGGCCCCACUAUCACUUUACCACCAACCGUUACACAUAGGACACACCAACGAUGUCGCAGCAGAAAGUGGUUCACCUGCUGUCCAAGCACGGGCCAUUCGCAGUCGCGUCAGCCCCCGUGCCCAAGCCUGGUCCGGGAGAAGUUCUCAUCAAGGUCCAGUCGACGGCACUUAACCCCGUCGACUGGAAGAUCCCAGCAUGGGGCAUCUUCAUCGAGCACUUCCCCGCAAUCCUCGGUGGUGACGCCGCAGGCAACGUCGAGGAGGUGGGCGAGGGCGUCACAAACCUCAAGAAGGGAGACCGAGUGUGCGCAGCUGACAAACGGUCUGUAAAUGAGCAUUCAACCUUCCAGCAAUACAAGCUCGGAUACGCCAAUGCGACUGGAAAGAUUCCGGACAACCUCUCUUUCGACCAAGCUGCAACGAUCCCGCUCGGCUUGGCGACCGCAGCCAUAGGACUGUUUCACGAGGGAGCAGUUACCGGUAGCGUAGGCCUCUUCCCGCCUUGGGAAGACGGCGGACGCGCGUUGUACGCUGGAGAGCCUAUAGUCGUCGUCGGCGGUGCUAGUUCCGUCGGCCAAUACGUCAUCCAGCUCGCGAAACUCGCUGGCUUCCGCCCCAUCAUCGCGACGGCUUCCCUCCACAACGCUGAGUAUCUGAAGAACCUGGGCGCGACGCACGUCCUCGAUCGUAACCUCCCGGAUGCCACCCUGAUCGCGGAGGUCAAGAAGAUCACUUUGGCACCUAUCAGGGUUGUGUUCGACGCCAUCUCCGAGUCCGAGACGCAGAACGUCGCCUAUGCAAUCGUCGCUUCCGGCGGGACGCUCGUCCUCGUCUUGCCCAGCGCUAUAGAGAACAAGACGGACGAUAAGCGAAUUGUCUAUCCAUACGGGAACACGAACGUCCCGGGAAACCGAAGGCUAGGGGCGAGUCUGUAUUCGAAGAUAACCGUUCUGCUGGAAGAGGGUGUGGUCAAGCCGAACCCCGUGGAGGUGCUGCCGAACGGGUUAGAGGGUAUUAUUGCUGGACUAGAGAAGCUCAAGCAGGGGGUCAGCAACGUGAAGCUCGUCGGGCAUCCGCAGGAGACGGUGUAAUUCGAAGUCGUC